AUACUGCUCCAAUCCAAACCCAUCCGGAAUCAAUCGAGCGAGCCGUCAAAACAUUCAAUCAUUUGUUUAUAGACAAGAAAUAAUGCCAAGUAUUUAUUUGUGAAAAAAAAAAUAGCAUUACCAAAAAAUUCAUUACUCAAAAUAAGGACAAACCUGGUGAUACAUCGAGUACUCGGAAAAUGUCAGCCCUUCAAAAGUCCAUUUUAAAAUCGAAACUUCCACCGUCUGGACUGAAUUUCGCCACUGGGAGGUCUUGUAAAGCCAGGGCUCUCCAACGAAAACGAGAUUACGAUCCUGUCCAGUGGACGCCGUAUUUUGAUGGAUCCAAGGAUAUCGUUAUCGGGGCCAAUACGUUUCAUUAUUACAUCACUGGUAAUGAAGGACCAAUGCUGGUGUUAUUGCACGGUGGAGGAUACAGUGCACUCACUUGGGCUGAAUUUACUAAAUCAAUUACAUCGAUGAUUGUGUGUCGAGUCCUGGCGAUUGAUUUGAGGGGUCACGGUGACACACAUACGACCAACGAUGAUGAUUUAUCCGCAGAUACAUUAGCUACCGAUGUAGCAGCAGUAAUUGAAGCUGUAUCAGAAGGCAUUCCCGUGAUUUUAGUAGGUCACAGUAUGGGUGGUGCAGUGGCUGUGAGAGCAGCUCCACUCCUCAAGAAUUUGACUGGUGUUACUGUGAUUGACGUGGUGGAGGGAACAGCGAUGGAGGCAUUGACAUCAAUGCAGAGUUUCCUGAGAUCGAGACCCUCGAGUUUCUCGUCAAUGCCACAGGCUAUCGAGUGGUGUGUACGUAGUGGUCAGAUUCGAAAUGUACUGUCAGCUAAAAUAUCUGUUCCUGGACAAAUAAAAAAUACUCUAACGAAUAAACUGGCGACUCACGAUAUCGAGGAAUUUUUAUCAUCCAAUCAUCAUGCUGAUGAUAAAGCUGCGAUUGCCAUUGAGAGGGAGGAUGUGAUUCCUGAAGAUGUUACGGAAGAAGGUGCUGGUAGGGAUGAAGUUAAGCAGGAGGCAACAGUGUCGAAGGAACCUGGAAAUUUAGAUAAGAAGAAAUACGGGUGGAGGAUAAACUUGGCUAAGACUGAGAAAUACUGGGCUGGAUGGUUUAAGGGGCUGUCUUCGGCGUUUUUGGAUGUACCUGCUCCGAAAUUAUUACUUCUCGCUGGAAUUGAUAGAUUAGAUCGAGAUCUUACUGUAGGUCAAAUGCAAGGGAAAUUUCAAAUGCAAGUACUGCCAGCUUGUGGACAUGCUGUUCACGAGGAUGUUCCAGAUAAAGUGGCUGAGGCAAUAGCCACAUUCAUGGUCAGGAACAAAUUUGCUGAGGCAGCUUCUGAUUUUCACCGGACGUUUCCCGCGUGUUAAUCGCUGCCUGUUGCCACAGGCAUUGGGAAAUAGGAUUCUGAAAAAAAAAUUACAACGAGCCAAUAGGGUCUUUCAACGUGACACAUGGACCAGCCCUUCCUGCCCUCAGAGGUGCGACCUACAAAAAUAUAACAAAAAAAAAACUACUCAAC